AUGGGUCUUAUUAAGUUUAUUCUCAAACUCAUCUUCAUCCCGAUUGUCCUUCUCGCCGUUGUCACCGUGGUUAUCAUAUUCCUGAUCAGAAUGCGUCGGGAGAAGAAGGCGGAAAAAAGGCAGCUCGAAAACAACGCGUUCCAGCCACCUCCAAUCACUCAAUGGGAAUAUCCCAGUUAUCCCCAGAAACCGCAGCCGGUCGUCUACCCGACCGGCACGCCGAGUCAGAUGGAGAGGGGGAUUGCCCAUGCAUGA